AUGCUGGGCCUCGCCGGCGAUAUAUUGGCUGAUUCGGAAACAAGAGCCGGAAAUCCGUCGGCUGACAUUUUCGAUGGAUAUUGCAUGAAAACCAAACAUGCUCCGAUCAGUGACACUCAAAUCAAUUUAUACCUUGAAAGUACUCUACAGCUUAACUUUAUGCAAUCGGAAUACGAACCCUGUGUAGUUGAAACGGUAAAGUCCUUACGACUAUUCUUCCUAUUGCGCGGCUCUGCGGAUAAAACCUCGCUGUCUACCAAGGUAGUACUAGGACGUCCUGAAAACAAUGCAGUCAUUGAUAUAGCACCCUCGAAUGCGAUCUCGUUGUCCUAUCACCGCGCAACCAGAGGUUCAAUAAAAGGUUCAAUCUGCGGACCAGACGUUCGUGAUGUGGGGCCGUUCGUACGAACACACGAUCCAAUGCAAACUUGCAUUCGGUACUGGAGUCUGUCAACCACAUCAGCUCAAAUUGAAAAGUUCCCUGUCCGAAACGCCGUCUUCAAGGCAGACCAAGAGCACAGCUAUAUCUGGUCGAUAAGUAUCAUCGCAGCGGUGUUGCAGUUAUCAUGCGGUCGGAUGAGUCUGCUGGAUGGAUCUUGUCUGAGUUCGGCAGUUACUUCGGCCUUACAGACGUCUUCAAUGAGGUGGAUCGUGUGUGUCGCUGAAGAAACCGCCCUGCUAUCAUCCAGACGCUUCGGAUAUCCAAGAGAAGUUUUCGCAACGGAGCUCCGUGCAAAGGAUGAUCACUGA